GGGAGAGCUGAAGAGAGAAGGAACGGAUGGAGGGGAGUAAGAGCGAGCGAGCCAGGGCGAGGCGCAGUCAGACAGUCAGGCAAGCCGCCCGGCAAGCAAGGAAGGCAGACAGGCUAGCAGGCAGCCAGUGCACCAGCCAAGACCACUAGAUCCGCUCGGCUUACCGACUUAGAGACUUAAGCCGGCAGGCAGUCCGAAAGGCUCAACCGGCUAAGCCUGGCGGACCCACCUACUACCGACGCGCGGCCACUACACGUUCCAUCUACUACGAAAACCGGCUAUACUACCGCGACCUGCAGCACCACUCGCGCUUUCUUACGCUUCCUUCGUCUGUCUUCCUCCCUCUCUCUUUCUAUUACACGCUGUGUGUCUGUCUGUUGUUCCUUAACGCGUGCCCCGUUAAGGCGAGAAGACCGAGGUAGACGAGCGAGACGAGAGCGUAGCCGGCGCGCCACGUUCAACUUGAGCUGAAAGGUUCCGGUCGUCGAUCGUCGCGAUGUCACGACGCGGAUCCCGCGCUCGAUUUUCCACGCUAUCAUCGGCGCGAGCUACCGAGUGAACCGCGUGGGUGGAAAUCUCUGGUGCGAGUCCCGCUGGCGCGUCAACGAUCGCGACUCCAGUGACCGGUAUCGAGAUACGUGUCGGAGGUGUUGCUCUGUCCGGCGUUGCCGGUGUCGCGAUACUCGGUGGUGAUCCUUCCACGACUGGAUAUACGCACGUACACCUAAGUUCUCUGCUGUGAUCGGUUCGAACACGCGGCUGGAAACAGUGCAGUGACGCGGAAUUUGUCGUGAGAGUCAGUUUCGCGAGGAUUCGUUCUUCGGGCCUGUAAACGUCGAGCUGUCGCUGUUGUUGCAUCGAAGUUUCAGUGUCGAGUAAGAGAACAGAGAACAGAGAACCGUGGCCUUUGUACCUGAUCAGCUGGAUUCCUUACGGAGAUUCGCGACUCAGCCGUCGAUCGGAAAAAGUAGAAUUUAUCGAAGAUCGGUGACUGUCCACGUUCCUGCGAAUCGAACACGCGUUGGCAAGUACCCGCGUAAGGAUUCGAACGCUACGCGACACACGGUUUUCAACGUACGUAAACAAUACGAUCGCCUGUCAAAGGAAUACCCAAGAAUCACAGUGCGUGCAAUCUAUGGCGAUCAUAGUGCGACCUCUUUAACCUACUUUUCUAUUCCACUGUUUCAACCGCGUUUCUCGAUCCUUACGUAACUCAUCGUGCAUCCGUGGUUAUUCGAUUUAUCGGUCGCUUCUACCAACGUACCGCGUUGGAGCACGUGCGUUAACCUGGCUCUUCUUCGUUUCAAACGCAAGAUACGAUCCAUGAGAACGAACACCUACCACCGUCGUCGUCCGGCUCCGACAUCAUCGUCAGUGUCGUUAACCACAGAAACGCAGAAACUCGCUCGUCCAAUUCUAUCCGACGCGUAGCGACGGAACGCAGAUAACGUUCGGACGUCUCCACGUGAUCCGCGACGAGCUGUUCAACCGAACCAUAUGACGAAAACUACCAAAAUUAGUCACCAGGCGUUCUCUGUGCAAGCACGAUCACUACUCGCGUCACCGAUAACGACCAUAAAUCGCCAAAUUGGAAUCAAAUUUGAUUCGUUGGAGCUCUGACGCAGAGGGAGAAAUCGUUGGUGCAAACGGAUGCCUCCGGCCGACGGCCGUCGCCAGUAAAAGCGUGCAACGGAGUGGAAUCUAGCGCGCGUUCGACUCGAAUGCCUGGUUCCUGAGGGCAAAUUGGAAACACGAGCCGAAUCGACGUGAUUUCGCGCGACAAACGGCCUCGCGAGGGCUCGGUUGAUCUUGCGUUGCGUUGUACAGAUCAGUCAACACGACGUUAACCUUCUACAGCAUGGAGCGGGGCAGCGGGGGCGGGGGGAGCCUCGAGCUAGCCGGGGGCGGAGGAGGAGGCGGCGGGAACACGGAUCUGUGUCUUCAAGAUCUCGUGACGGGAUCGACGACCGGCCUGUCGGUCCAGCACCAUCAGCACUCUGCCGCCGCGGGUUCCAUGGCUGGCCUCCACGGCGAUCAUCUUCAAGCAACGAUGCACCAUCACGAUCUUCACGGAAACUCGCACCACGACGCGUCCAUGUUGCACAAUUCCAACCAUCAACUGCACGAACCGCUGGAGAAGCUGAAACUAUGGGCACAGGGCGACUUCCGGGACGAGGUGACCGGGGGUUUGGCGAGGCUCGAUUUGACGGGUCACGGAGCUCACACUCCCGGUGGCAGCAACCCCAGUACACCGGGUGCGACACCCACGACACCCUCCGGUGGAUUUUCUACCGCACAGCCUAGGUCCCGCACGAACACGACACACAGGCCGGAUAUUCGAAAAGAUGUUGCAACACCAACAGAGGUGAAACACGAAUUGGGCGCCGGUGGAGGAGUGGUCUCUCCGGAUGGUGUAGUUGGGGUAAAUAACGCGGACGAUAAGGAUGGAAAGAAGAACAAACGUCAAAGGCGGCAGAGGACGCAUUUCACGUCCCAACAACUUCAGGAGCUGGAGGCCUUGUUCAUGAGGAAUCGGUAUCCGGAUAUGUCGACCAGGGAAGAGAUAGGUCUGUUCACGAAGCUUCCCGAGCCACGAGUCAGGGUAUGGUUCAAAAACAGGCGGGCGAAAUGGCGGAAACAGACGCGCAACGCGAACACCGCAGCUGACGCGGUAGAUUUCAAGCCCGGCUUCGGUGCUAGCCUGAACAGCUUCAUCGGCCAGCCUUUCACUGACCCAGACGCGCUCUACAGUUCGUACAGCACGUACAACAACUGGGCCGCCAAAGUGCCAUCGCCUCUGAGCGGCAAAGGCUUUCCUUGGGUCAAUACCUUGGGUUCCGUGGUACCAACCGCGUCGCACCAUCAUCAUCACACCCAAGUCAGUCCCGUAAACUGCUUCAACGCCGCGGCGACGUCCGUGGCGGGCAACCACAUGGGUGGAAUGUCCGUGUCCGUGGGUCAGGCAGCCACGUCGAUGUUACCAGGCAUGGGAUCGGGCUUGGGAGUUGCCGGUUCACCCGUGGCAGCGACAGGAGCUGCGUGUCCUUACGCGGCACCAGCGGCACCCCAUCAUCCCUACGGACCACCGGUAUACACGCCACACCAUAGAACAGCGGCAGCUCCGGAAAGCUGUACCGCGAUGACAUCCAGCAUCGCCUCGUUACGAUUGAAGGCCAGGCAACACAGCAGCGGUUACAGCAGCCUAAGCGGCAACUCGUUCAGCAUGGACAGCACGCCAGUCUCAGCAGCUGGGAGUCCAGUAGGUUCAAGAGCUCCUUCGGUCGGCGGUGGACCGCUCAGCGCGUGCCAAUACGCCCUAACAACCGCUGGCGAGGCGAAUCCUCACUCGCCAAGCAGCGCAGAAGCUCACGUGAACGCUACAGCCAGAGCCCAAGUCUGAGGUGAAGCGGGGGCUACAUCUAGCCCCCAUCACCACACUGUAACCGCGAAUUCUAGAAGCUCCCUGGCCGGUUCCGGGAGCUCUUUGGGAGGUGGCAGUCAAGUGGUACCGGUGGGAGCUGCAGCCAACGUGUCCGCCGGUCAGCAAAGCGACAAUCAACUGAGAACGCAAGAGUGACCCAGGCCUAGGUCCGCCGCCUCGCCGACAUUGUCGUCGACCCCUUCGUCCACCACUUC